AUGGCGCACAUUGGGCCACUGGGGUUACUACCUCCCGUGGGCCAUCGCCAUUCCAUCGGAACGGGCCUCCUCGCCACACCCACGCCUACAUCUUCCACUGUACAAUUGAUCUUCUACCAAGUCAUCGCAGCCACUGGUCGCGGUCUAGAAUCAUCGGAAGCCCGACCUUGUCUCCAUCGGCGUCGCAGCCGUCGUCUUCAGCCAAAGCUCCGAGCCUGCGAUAUUCCUUCGCUCGCGCAGACUGUGUUCUCGAACUCGCUGACGGAUAAUUUACAUCGUCUUGCGCCGCUGGUGAAUCCUGAGAAAGUUUCUGUGGCUGGAGCGAGCGGGUUCCGGGAUGCGGUUCCCAAGGCGGCGUUGCUAGGGGUUAUUUUGAGUUAUAGCAAGGCUGUCGAUGAUGUGUUCUAUCUUACUGUUGGGGCGGCGGCUGCGGCUUUUGUUAGUUGUUGGGGGAUGGGGUGGAAGAGUGCUGAGAAAGCGAAGGCUGGGGCGCCGGAGGUGUGA